AAACCUCGCCCCUAGGGCUGGGAAGGACUCUGGCUGUGCGCGGGUAGUCACUGGCCGACGAGUGCGGCGUCGUUCGUAGCCGAGAUACCAGCGUGGGGGCUUGCAAGCCCGGGUUCGCAGCCGAGACGCCACACCGUGUGGCCCGUGAUCCUGUGUUUGCAGCGGGAACAUUUCGGGGUCUGUAAUCCGAGUGAGGACGCAACGCAGACGCUGAGGAUGAGCACCGCGGAUCUGAUGCUGCGCUGGGCCAUCGCCCUGCUCCUGGCUGCUACCAGAGUUGCAGCAGAAGGCUCAUGCAGCAGGAACGAGUUCCAGUGUAGAGACGGAAAAUGCAUCGCCAUCAAGUGGGUGUGUGACGGCAGCCCCGAGUGUCCGGAUGGCUCUGAUGAGUCCCCAGAGACAUGCAUGUCUGUCACCUGUCAAUCCAAUCAGUUCAGCUGUGGAGGCCGUGUCAGCCGAUGCGUUCCUGACUCAUGGAGAUGUGAUGGACGGGUAGACUGUGAAAACGAGUCAGACGAACAAGACUGUCCCCCCAAGACGUGUUCCCUGGAUGACUUCCGCUGCCAGGAUGGCAAGUGCAUCUCCCGGAAGUUUAUGUGUGAUGGAGACCGAGAUUGCCUGGAUGGCUCCGACGAGGCCCACUGCGAGGCCACCACUUGCGGCCCCGCCCACUUCCGCUGCAACUCAUCCACAUGCAUCCCCAGCCUGUGGGCCUGCGACAGGGAUGUAGACUGUGACGACGGCUCUGAUGAGUGGCCACAGAACUGCGAGGGCCGAGAAGCAGACUCGGAACGGGUUAGCAGCCCCUGCUCCUCCCUCGAGUUCCACUGUGGCAGUAGUGAGUGUAUCCAUCGCAGCUGGGUCUGUGACGGCGAGGCUGACUGCAAGGACAAGUCAGAUGAGGAACACUGCGUCGUGGCCACCUGCCGACCUGAUGAAUUCCAGUGUGCAGAUGGCUCUUGCAUUCACGGUAGCCGCCAGUGUGACCGUGAACAUGACUGCAAGGACAUGAGCGACGAGCUGGGCUGCAUCAAUGUGACACAAUGUGAUGGGUCCAACAAGUUCAAGUGCCAUAGUGGGGAGUGCAUCAGCUUGGACAAGGUGUGCAACUCCGCCCGAGACUGCCGGGACUGGUCAGAUGAGCCCAUCAAGGAAUGCAAGACCAACGAGUGUUUGGACAACAAUGGUGGCUGUUCUCAUAUCUGCAAGGACCUCAAGAUUGGGUCUGAGUGCCUGUGUCCCAGUGGCUUCCGGCUGGUGGACCUCCACAGGUGUGAGGAUAUUGACGAAUGUCAGGAGCCAGACACCUGCAGCCAGCUCUGUGUGAACCUGGAAGGCAGCUACAAGUGUGAGUGCCAAGCCGGCUUCUACAUGGACCCUCACACCAGGGUCUGCAAGGCUGUGGGCUCCGUAGGUUAUCUGCUCUUCACUAACCGCCACGAGGUGCGGAAGAUGACCCUGGACCGCAGCGAGUAUACAAGCCUGAUCCCCAACCUGAAGAACGUGGUGGCCUUGGACACUGAGGUGGCCAGCAAUAGAAUCUACUGGUCAGACCUGUCCCAGAAAAAGAUCUACAGCGCCCUGAUGGACCAGGCCCCUAGCUUGUCCUACGACACCGUUAUCAGUGGAGACCUGCAUGCCCCUGACGGGCUGGCGGUAGACUGGAUCCACAGCAACAUCUACUGGACAGAUUCCAUCCCAGGCAGUGUGUCUGUGGCUGACACCAAGGGCCUAAGGAGGAGGACGCUGUUCCAAGAGACAGGGUCCAGACCUAGAGCCAUCGUAGUAGACCCUGUGCAUGGCUUCAUGUACUGGACAGAUUGGGGAACACCUGCCAAGAUCAAGAAAGGGGGUUUGAAUGGUGUGGACAUCCACUCACUGGUGACCGAGGACAUCCAGUGGCCAAAUGGCAUCACGCUAGAUCUUCCCAGUGGCCGCCUCUAUUGGGUUGAUUCCAAACUUCACUCUAUCUCCAGCAUCGAUGUCAAUGGGGGCAAUCGGAAAACCAUUUUGGAUGAUGAGAACAAGCUGGCCCACCCCUUCUCCUUGGCCAUUUAUGAGGACAAAGUGUAUUGGACAGAUGUCAUAAAUGAAGCCAUUUUCAGUGCCAAUCGACGCACCGGUUCAGAUGUGAACUUGGUGGCUGAGAACCUCUUGUCUCCUGAGGACAUUGUCCUGUUCCACAACAUCACACAGCCUAGAGGGGUGAACUGGUGUGAGACAUCGCUCCCCAAUGGUGGUUGCCAGUACCUGUGCCUGCCCGCCCCACAGAUCAAUGCCCAUUCACCCAAAUUCACCUGCGCCUGCCCUGACGGCAUGCUGCUGGCUGAGGACAUGCGGAGCUGUCUCACAGAAGUCACUGUAAUGACCACCCAGGGGACAUCCACUAUUGGGCCUGUGGUCACCGCAUCAGCUGCCAAGCCGCCGAAGCAUGAAGAGGAGCCCUCAGCUACCAGCACUUCUAGGCAGCCUAUGGACACCCCAGGGCUCAGCACAGUGGAGUCGGUGACAGUGUCCCACCAAGUCCAGGGUGACAUGGCUGGCAGAGGGAAUGAGGAGCAGCGGCACGGUGUGAGCUUCUUGUCCGUCUUCCUCCCUAUUGCACUAGUCGCCCUCCUUGUCUUUGGGGCCAUCCUACUGUGGAGGAACUGGCGGCUGAGGAGCAUCAACAGCAUAAACUUUGACAACCCAGUCUACCAGAAGACCACAGAGGAUGAACUCCACAUUUGCCGAAGCCAGGACGGCUAUACCUACCCCUCAAGACAGAUGGUCAGCUUGGAGGAUGACGUGGCAUGAGCAGCUGGGAGAGCCAUCUCUUCCCGGGAUCCACUGCCAAGCUUAGACAGGAAACACACUUUCUCCACACCGCCCCAUCCAGGACUGGUCCUGACACCUCAGUGGGCUCUGUGUUGCUUAAAGCAAGAUAAGAGCAAAGCUGGGCCAGAGGCCAAGUUCAGCAGCAUGUCUGCCCCAGGUUCUGUUUUAUAUAUUUAUUGUCUGGGGACAGAAAGGGCUACUGUUGUGCCCGAGAUGGGAAUUCUGCCUGGGAUUGUUUUCCCCAUCUUUCUUUCCUUGGAAAGAAAGCCUUCUGCUUUCCAGAAGCUUCUGAAUUCUACACCAAUGCAGAGGAGGAGGCUCACCUGGGCAGAGAGAAACCUGCUGUUCUGAAAAUGACAGAGCAGGUACUCCUGACAUGGUCCCAGGUACCAUAGCCAAUCCCUAAACUCAGGACUACCUGCAUUGACCUUCACUGGAGAGCCUUCCUGCCUGACUCUGCCACCCCCAUCAGAAGCCAGAAAAGUGACUCAGUGACAUUCAGUACUGAUCUUGCUGGAUCUUGGGGCCAGCAGCUGUCAGUGAUGGAUGCCUGCUCAUGCCUUUGCCAAAACUUCACCUGUUCCUGGAGGGACAAGCCUAAGUCGCCAUUCUCCCUUAAUAUUUAUGAAGUGCCUGAGACAUCUGGUUGCCUUGCUCAGGAGUCCUGGCCUGCGCUGUUUAAGUGUCCUGCUGCUCAGGGGUGGCCAUCAAGAUCUCCAUCCCAUGCCCAGCCCCCAAUUUUCCCUGUGAGGCUUGCACUUCUCUCUGCGCACUUUCCCAUUUUGGGUUGGGCACCCACGUGGUCCACAUUUGUAUCUUAGGUUGCACUGUUUAGUGGUGUGUUGGAUGGAACCUCAGGCCAGAAGUGGCCCAAGUCACUGACCACAGAAGAUAAUUGCCAGGUUCCAAGCAUCCAUUGCUGUCUUCUGGGUGGAACUCAGGGUACUCUGCUUGGUUUUUGGUUUGUUUGUUUGUUUGUUUUUUACUUUAAACCUCUGCCUGGUUGUUUUUAAUUCUGCACAACACUGUUGUUCAGCGCCUCUAGUAACAAUGACUCAACACAUCUUUCUCAUAGAGGCUUCCAGCCUGGGCUACACAAUAAGACACUGCUUCAGAAUGGAAAAAUGGGAGAGAGGGGCGCAGGGAGGGAUACAUGCAUGGUUUUUCAGCCCAUAAUCAGUCAGCCAGGUGUGGUGGCACUUGGCUUUAAUCCUAUGACUCAAGAGGCAGAAGCAGGCACAUGUCUGAGGUCCAAGCUAGUCUGGGCUACAUAGUGAGACCUAUCUAUAUCUAAAAACCAAAAGAAAUCCCAUAAUCCAGACUAUUUGGGGAACUUGGAAAAAUACUUAGAAAUUGCCACAGGUUAACCUAAGAAGACAGUGGCGGCCUUGCUUGGAUUCCCGGGUAGAUCCACCUGUCCACUACUCAGGACUUGAGGACGCACUGCCCCGCCCACUAGGACACUUGUAAGGAGUGCUGUGCUGUGCCGAUGGCACCUGGCUCAGUUUUCACUCUGUAUAUUCAAGGAUAUCACACAUAUAUGUUAAAUCUAUUUAUUUUUGCAAACCCUGAUUGCUGCACUUGUCAGUGACAUUCCUCCAGGUUAGGCUGGGGUGAUACUCUGGGAUGCUCUGCGUACAAAGAUUAUUUGAAUGGACUGAUCUCAGGCCUAUCCUGUGUGUUGCUCUGAGUGGAGCGGUGGGAACUGUUUUGAAAACCUUGUUCAGAUGGUUUUAUAGGCUGAAAAUGUCUUCUGUGAUGGAUUAAAUUCCUUUUUGGAAACUUUGUCAU